AUGAGUUUCCGCCCGCUAACGGAAAUAGAGGAAUCCUUGUUGAGGAAAGGCCUAAAUUUCGCCAUUGAACCAACAUCUGUGCCAACUUUGGAGAUAAUUACUGCAGUGGAAUUCACCAGUUUCCUUAUUGAUCAAACCAAGGCAGAAGAAUUCAGAUGGAAAAUCAGAGAACAGCUGGAUGGAGAACCAAUUCCAACAUCUAACAUCAGCAAUGAAGAACGUAGAGCUCUGAACGGACUACGCAGAGACAACACAAUCAAGAUUCCACCUGCAGGGAGCAAUAGAUCGGCAUCAAGUUUGAAUCAUGGCGAACCAAAAGAACCCAAAAUAGUUACUUCUGAAGUGCCUGGUCCAAAAUCGAAAAAGCUGAUUGGUGAAUUAGAUGCUGUAACGCAAAGCUCAGCUGUCCAGUUGUUUGUCGAUUAUGAGAAAAGUGCGGGAAAUUACUUGGUUGAUGUUGAUGGAAACACCUAUUUGGAUGUGUACAUGCAAAUAGCAUCAAUUCCAAUCGGAUAUAACCAUCCAGAUAUGUUGAACGUCUUCAAGGAUGAAAACAAAUUGAAAGCUCUCAUCAACCGUCCAGCGCUUGGAUCAUUCCCCAGCGAGCACUGGCCCAACAAGCUGAAAGAAGUUCUAAUGUCGGUGUCACCGAAUCUACCCAACGUCACGACAAUGAUGUGUGGCUCUUGUUCUAACGAAAAUGCCUACAAAUGCCUCUUCAUCGCAUAUCGAAAACAUCAGAGGGGGGAAAACGUCGACUUCAGCGAUCUCGAAAUGAACUCCUGCAUGGUGAAUCAGCCACCUGGUGCUCCAAACCUGUCGCUGUUAUCUUUCCAUGGUGGUUUCCACGGAAGAACUAUGGGUACCCUGUCCACAACACAUUCGAAAGCCAUCCACAAAAUAGAUAUCCCUGGAUUUGAUUGGCCAGCGGCUCCAUUUCCAAAAUACAAGUACCCUCUAGAGGAAAACGUUAGGGAAAACCAAGCGGAAGACGAAAAAUGCCUUGCUGAAGUGGAAGUCCUCAUUGAGAAAUAUCGAAAAAAAGGUUAGUGUUCAUCAGACAUAAUAUU